GACGAUCGAUGCUUUUCAUUAAAUGAGUCAAGUUUUAUAUAGCUAGCUGUGAGCCUGGGACGGCCAUCAUCAUCACUUCCAUCACAUUUUAUCUAAGGCAUUUGUUUUCUGCUCAACCUAACUAGGCUUGCUUCAAUAUUCAACAUGGCGAGAGUUCUACUUCCCAGUUUUGUGCUGGUGUUUAUCAUCGCUGUUAACUGUACUACUCUUGCGGACUCUCGAUCCGUUCAUUUGAAAUACGUCAAAGGGGCAUUGGAAAAAGGGGCUGUUUGUUUGGAUGGUAGUCCGGCUGCAUACUACCAUGACAAAGGGGUAGGCGAUGGGCGUCACAAUUGGGUUAUUUACCUUCAAGGAGGAGGCUGGUGCUCUAAUCACACGGACUGCAAAAAUCGCACCACUUCAGAGUUCUACAACUGGAACAGGAUGUUUGUUCCAUAUUGUGACGGAUCUUCGUUUACGGGAAACAAAGAAGCUGUUGAUCCGGUUACUAAUGUAACCUACAGAGGUUUCAGAAUCUUUGAGGCCACAAUGGAUGAUCUCCUGUCUAAAGGAAUGAAGCAUGCUCAAAAUGCGAUUCUUAGCGGAGGUUCGGCAGGGGGAUUGGCAGCUAUGAUUCAUUGUGACCGGUUUCGGGAUCUUCUUCCAAUUACUGCACGAGUCAAGUGCCUCGCAAUUGCAUCUUACUUUGUGCAUGAGGCACAUCUUAAUGGAAGCAAACAGUUUGAAGCAACGUUCCAGGGGUUGAUCAGUUUACACGGAUCUUCCAAAGCAUUGCCUCCCCUGUGCACAUCAAGAAUGAGUCCGGAUUUGUGCUUCUUCCCUCAAUACUUUUUGCCGACUAUAAGAACACCUGUUUUUAUAGCAAUGUCGUCAUUCGAUCUAAUCCAAAUAAGGUAUAACCUAUUCCGGGCGGAUGAGGUUUGCCUUUUCCACAAUAAUUGCACUCAUGAUCGGCUCAAGGCAAUCCAAGUCUUAUGGAAAAGUUCUUAACGAUUGGUUUAUUGAUGGAAGUUAUACUCAAGUAAUUGAGGAUUCUGCAAUACCAAGGAAUUGCACUUUCAUCACUCCCCAUUCAGAUUAAGUUUUACUUACAACAACUUCAACGUAGUACUGUUUGACAUAUUGCUGGUGUUUUUUUUUUUCUUUCAUUGGAAAUGAGGGAUAUGGCAUGGGUGCCCUCAGUCAUUAUCUUUGCUUUUUGUCUGAUCCUUAAUCCUUAGUUAAUCAACUUAUUUCUCUUCUAAUCUCUAAUUCAGGUUUUACGAUUUAUAGAUCUUCGUGUGCAACUCCGAAGUACUUCGGGUAUCUAACUUUUAAUUUCAUUACUUUGUAUUAGUAUAAUCACUCCAUAGGCCUUGUUUGGAAAUGGCUUAUCAGCCAAUUUUUAGCUACAAGUUAAAGCUACAGGCUAGAAAAAACAAUUUCCCUUGUCCUGUAUAUAGGAUAUUAUAGAUAUAAAUGACAUAGGCUUAACACCUCAUCGAUUAAUUGUGAUUAAAAACAUUUAAAAUGAACUUUACGGCGUAAAAUAUGAGUGUAAUCCAGUUAAUUAAAAAACAUUUCUUUAUCUUAAAAAAAACCAUUUCUUUAAUUUAUUUUAGGGAAAAGGUGCAAAUAGGCCCAUGUACUAACCAAAAAAGGUCAUCCUUAUUUAGGAGACUCUGUCCGGCCGUCGUCAUUUGGGGUGGUUCCCAUUGGAAUUUUUGAUGAAUUUUUUUAGCAUCUUAUUAAUCAAGUCUAGUUUACUCAUACCAAAUUUCAGCUAAAACUUCAACCCAGAAGGCAUUCAAAUGAAUUCUUGAAAAUAACUGCGCAGUUAUCUUCAAUAAGAAGGGGCUGGAAUAUCACAGAAAACAAGAAGGGUUCCAAAAAGCUCACGAAGGCUUUGCAGCAUUUGAUAUAAAACUGCUUCACACAAGCAUGCUUCCACACCAUUAUUCGUGGUAGACCAAACAAAGUAUUCAGGAAACUGAAUAUAUAAAAGAUUAAGUUUUUUUGCCACCUCAUCCCGAGCAUUCAUUUGGAAGUAUUCUGUAUGCAUGGUUCGAGAUUGAAUAUCGUCCUUGACUAUUGUUGUUAUCCUUUGAGCGCCACAGAAAUUUAUGUAUUGAAAAUUUUCCAAAUGAACUUGCAGUUGGAACACAGACGGGUACAUAUCUGCAAUUGGGUAGAUUGCAGAGACCCAAUCG